GAAUCCGUGUGGUGUGGACGUACAUUGAGAGGAAAUAUGCAACGUUUGCUGAGUAGAACUGGCUGCAGGCUUCUGCUGAAAGGUCAAAAUCGUUACUUGGCCACAAUUCCUGUGGAGGAUGUGUUAUUCCCCACCAAAUCUGAUUUUCCCAGUCGUCACAUAGGACCACGUAAAACAGAUGUGGUCGCCAUGCUGGAUACUCUCGGCUAUAAGUCCUUGGCAGAGCUUACGGAAAAGGCUGUGCCACAGAAUAUCCAGCUGAAACGUGAUCUCAAUCUAGACAAGCCUUUAAAUGAGCAUGAGCUAAUCCGUCGCAUACGUGAUAUUUCGCUUAAAAAUCAGCUGUGGCGCUCUUAUAUUGGCAUGGGCUAUCACAAUUGCCAUGUGCCCCAUACUAUUGUGCGUAAUAUGUUUGAGAAUCCCGGAUGGACGACACAGUAUACACCAUAUCAACCAGAGAUUGCCCAAGGACGUUUGGAAUCCCUGCUCAAUUAUCAGACUUUGGUAUCGGAGCUAACCGGACUGGAUGUGGCCAAUGCUUCUCUGCUGGACGAGGGCACUGCGGCAGCUGAGGCCAUGUGUCUGGCCACUCGCCAUAACAGGCGAAAGAAGUUGUAUUUGUCCAAUCGAGUGCAUCCGCAGACCCUGUCGGUGGUCCAAACUCGAGCCGAGGCUCUGGAAUUGGAGAUUAUCGUUGGGCCCAUAGAAAAGGCAGACUUACGUAGUCGUGAGUUGUCGGGUAUACUACUUCAAUAUCCGGAUACUUAUGGCGACGUCAAGGACUUUGAGGACAUAGCCGCACUGGCCAAGAAAAAUGGAACUCUAGUUGUGGUAGCCACUGAUUUGCUCUCUCUAACCCUUCUGCGUCCGCCGGCUGAAUUUGGAGCUGAUAUAGCCAUCGGAACGUCUCAACGUCUGGGCGUUCCUCUUGGUUAUGGAGGGCCCCACGCUGGAUUCUUUGCCUGCAAGCAGAGUUUGGUACGUCUAAUGCCAGGUCGCAUGAUUGGCGUCACCAGGGACAUGGACGGGAACGAUGCCUACCGUCUAGCCCUGCAGACUCGGGAGCAGCACAUUCGACGUGAUAAGGCCACGAGUAACAUUUGUACGGCCCAAGCUCUAUUGGCCAAUAUGUCGGCCAUGUAUGCCAUCUAUCAUGGACCAGAGGGACUCAAGGCCAUUGCAAAUCGUAUUCAUCAUUUUACACUAACUCUGCAAACGGGUCUGCUUCAGGCUGGUCAUGAAGUGAUCAAUAAGAACUUUUUUGAUACUCUACACGUACGACUCGAUACGGAUAAACUUACUUUGGAAGAUCUCAAGGAGAGAGCCGAACAUAAACGUAUAAAUCUACGUUAUCUGACCGAAAAUGGAGGCUCCGUGGGCGUGGCUUUGGAUGAAACAGUCAGUGUGCUUGAUGUGAAUGAUCUGUUGUGGGUAUUCAAGACGGAAACGACAGUGGAGGGUCUAUUAGCACGCAAGGAUGUGCUAAAGAAUUCCAUUGAGAACUCAAAAUUCUUAAGGACAUCACCCUAUCUACAACAUCCGAUUUUCCAUAGCUAUCACAGCGAAUCGCGCAUGGUUCGCUAUCUCAAGAAGCUGGAGAAUAAGGACAUUUCUCUAGUGCACUCUAUGAUUCCACUGGGUUCUUGUACCAUGAAAUUGAAUUCCACAACUGAGAUGAUGCCUUGCUCGUUCCGUCACUUUACCGAUAUACAUCCCUUUGCCCCUGUUGAACAGGCACAAGGUUUCCAUCAAAUGUUCAACGAAUUGGAGCAAGAUCUUUGCGAGAUUACCGGCUAUGAUAAGAUCUCUUUUCAGCCCAAUUCCGGGGCCCAGGGUGAAUAUGCUGGGCUAAGAGCCAUUCGUAGCUAUCAUGAGCAUCGCAACGAGGGACAUAGGAAUAUCUGUUUGAUUCCAAUCUCGGCUCAUGGGACAAAUCCCGCUUCAGCUCAAAUGGCCGGCAUGAAAGUGGAACCCAUACGGAUUCUUUCCAAUGGUUCCAUUGAUAUGGCCCACUUAAAGGACAAGGCGGAGGAGCAUGCCAGUCAGCUGUCCUGUCUGAUGAUCACAUACCCCUCAACAAUGGGCGUAUUUGAGGAAACAGUUGCAGAUAUUUGCACAUUGAUUCACAAGCAUGGCGGUCAGGUGUAUCUGGAUGGAGCCAACAUGAAUGCCCAGGUGGGCUUAUGCCGGCCUGGCGACUAUGGAAGUGAUGUAUCCCAUUUGAAUCUGCACAAGACCUUCUGUAUUCCACACGGUGGUGGUGGACCCGGCAUGGGUCCCAUUGGUGUGAAGGCACAUUUGGCUCCAUAUUUGCCUGGUCAUCCCGUUAUCAGCCCCCUGAGCAGCGAGGAACAUAGUUUUGGUGUCGUUUCAGCAGCUCCGUUUGGCAGCUCGGCAAUUUUACCCAUUUCCUGGUCGUAUAUUAAGCUUAUGGGCAGCCGUGGACUAAAACGUGCCACCCAGGUGGCCAUACUCAAUGCCAACUACAUGUCCAAGCGGCUUGAACAACACUAUAAGACACUAUACAAGGCUCCCAAUUCGCAACUAGUGGCACAUGAGUUUAUUCUGGACAUUCGAGACCUCAAAAAAUCUGCUAAUAUCGAGGCAGUGGACGUAGCCAAGCGAUUGAUGGACUAUGGAUUCCAUGCCCCAACCAUGUCGUGGCCAGUGGCUGGUACUUUAAUGAUUGAGCCAACUGAAUCGGAGGAUAAGGAAGAGCUUGAUCGUUUCUGUGAUGCCAUGAUCUCCAUUCGAGAGGAGAUUGCGGAAAUAGAGGCUGGUCGAAUGGACAAAGCCGUGAAUCCUUUGAAAAUGUCUCCUCAUACACAGGCCCAGGUGAUAUCGGAUAAAUGGAAUCGGCCAUAUACACGUGAACAGGCAGCCUUUCCAGCGAUCUUUGUGAAACCAGAUGCCAAAAUUUGGCCCACAGUGGGCAGAAUUGAUGAUGCUUAUGGUGAUAAGCAUUUGGUCUGCACAUGCCCACCUAUUUUACCUGAUUUAUAGAAUGUAACAUAAAAUAUAAGAAAUCCCGUAAAUUGUUUACUUCAGAAAAUAUACAGAAAUUUGGU